CCAAAUAUUAUCUACACUCCAUUCCAAGAGAUCGAAUCUUAUUUAAGGCGACGAGAUUCGCCAUCUGUUUUCAAAUUUCAUUCCUCCAUGAACUUUAUUUUCCCCGACUUUGGGCAAAAUUAUAACCUGAUCGAUCCUCUAUCUGGCCACCGUCUACAUAUAUUUUCAUUUUCAUUGGCGGUCUCCCUCUUUGCUUUCAGUCGGCUGGUCAAUUUUCUGUCUCGUGAACACACAGGAACACGCGCAGAACACAUUUUACAGAGUAGAUAGAGACUCAAGUGCAGCCAGCUUGAGUGUAGAGGGCUAGACCCAUAUGAGCUUCUCAAUCUCUUUCUCUCCACCCCCUCUCUGCUCUGCUCUUUCCCCGCGUCCUGGACCUCUCUGUCAUGCUCGCUUGCUCUCCCCCUAGCAAGCACUGUCAACCUGCCUCGCCCUCUCAUAUAGCAUUGUUUCUCGUGAUGUCUCCAUCUGGUUCGCAGCUUCUUCUUCCUGUCCCAUCUCUUACGCACCGCGGACGCAGUUGGAAGUGACAUAGGAAACGUUUAGAGCGAACAACUUUUUUUGUGCAUUUGUCCUCUUUUCUUUAGCAAACUAGCCUAUUUGUUUUUACGCAGGACAUUUCAACAGAGUUUUGUUUGUUUUCUUUACCCGCCUGGUUGUCUACACUUUAGACUACUCAUACUAUGUCCGUUUUUCUUUAACCUAAAACUCAAUAUUCAGACUAUUUUCUGUUUAUCAAUAACUUUUCAAUAGGCUGUAGCCUACCCUAUUUAUUCGCCUAUUUAACUUUCUUUGAGUUGCUUUAGCCUACUAUUAUGCACAUGUGGAGGAUGGGCAGUGAAACGUGUUCAUGAGUUGAUUCCCAGUCGUCAGAAAGCUCUGUCUAUGUCAGUUACGUCGACCGGGCCCCGGAAACUCAAGUGGGACCUACUGCCAAGUCGAUGAGAGCGCAUCGGAGAAGUGUACCAUCACUUAUAGUGCGACGCGGGACUUCCCUCGUCUCUCCGUCCAGAACCAGCGCAGCCCAGAGAGGUCCAGUUCAGUGCGGUGUUUGGAGUUCGGGCUUCGGCCUCAGGUGCAUCUCUGAGGCGGGGCGACGCGGGAGUCCAGGUGUAGUGGAGGCAUGGACUGUAACUGCGUCAGUGAUCUGUUGCUCACCCCCCCUGUCCCUGCCCUCUGGACUCCAGGUGAGGCAAGCAGGAUGGGGGCACUUUUUUGCGGAAGCCGGGGCAUCGCCUUCCCAGACUGGGCCUACAAGCCUGAGUCGAGCCCCGGCUCGCGACAGAUUCAGCUUUGGCACUUCAUCCUGGAGCUACUGCAGAAGGAGGAGUACCAGAGUGUGAUUUCCUGGCAGGGGGAAUAUGGAGAGUUUGUCAUCAAGGAUCCUGACGAGGUGGCUAAACUGUGGGGCCUCCGGAAAUGCAAACCCCACAUGAACUACGAUAAGCUGAGCAGGGCGCUAAGGUACUACUAUAAUAAGCGCAUUUUGCACAAAACCAAAGGGAAGCGUUUCACCUACAAGUUUAACUUCAGUAAGGUGGUGCUGGUGAACUAUCCUCUGCUGGACAUGGCCAGCUCCCCUUUCCUGCUCCAGAACCACUUCAAUGGGGGCUCCGCCGCGCCCGACUGCAGCCCUCUCACACCCGAGGCCCUGCAGUCACUGUUCCCUCGUUUGCCAGAGUCAGGGAGAGGAACCUCCCUGUUUGAUCGAGUGGCCACAGCCCCGGGACCAGAGGGAGACAAACUGAGACUGGACACAUUCCCCUUCCUCAGCUCAGCCGCUCCCUGUUACUCCAAGCCCCCGUCCCUGUUGGGUCCUUACCCCCGCAACCCUCCCUUCGACUACCCCUGGGGCUUCAAUCCCUACCUCUCAGGGGCCUUCUCCCUCAACAACUGCCCCAAACUGCCCCCCGGCUCCCUCUACCCCUCCCACUUCUACCCCAACCCACUGCAGACCAACCUGGGCCAGCUGCCUCACCCCUUCUCCUCCCUACUCCCGCCGGGGGAGGUGGCAGGAGGGGGGGAGAGAGGAGCAGCGGGCCAGACCGGGGUUACUAACGGCACGGCAGGUGGGCAGCCCAGACUCUGCCUGCCUCCUUACCCUGGUGCUCUGUCGCUGGGCCGGACGGACAUUGGCAACGGGGGCUCUGUGGGUGAGAGGGAGAGAAGGGAGACCAAUACCCCAGGCACAGGGCUUGGGUUGGGGCUAGGGUUAGGGUUAGGGUUAGGGCUGGGUCUGGGAGGAAUGGGUCUUGGUGGUGGGGCUGGGGGGCGACAGAGCCCAUCGGAGCGGCGAGGCGGGGUGAAGCAGGACCCAGAGUCAGACUCAGACCUGGAGAUCACAGAUCUGAGCGACUGCAGCUCAGACAACGAGCCUGACUUCAGCAUCACCAAGGAGACCAGGCUGAGCGGUCGAUCACAGAUCCUGGUGGAGGGGAAGAAAGGGGGAGCACUGCCACCUCUCUCCUCCCUCCCUCCCCCCGUGUCCCCCCAUCCCCUCAAGAGCCUGGUGCCCCUCACCCCUCCCCCUCCGUCCCUCCCUCUAUCCCUCUCUCCCUCCAUGGCUCUGGUUGAACGGCACAGGGAGACAGAGACUCUAAAAUUGAUCCACAGCUAAUAGAUUCUAUUAGAUAACUCUCUCUCUCGUUCCCUCCUCUCUCUCUCCUCUCUUUCGCUCCCUUCAUCUGUUAUGUUGUCCUUUAUUUGAGCCAUCUUGCCCUGUCUCUCUGUUUUUUUCUUCCUCUCGCUCUCCACCCUUCUGCUCUCUCUUUACAUGUUGACUUGUCCAACAUAGCUGAGAUAGUGAGCUUGCUGAUUUUGACAUUACUGAGAGUCUACCAUGUUUCAGAUGUAUGUGUACUACUUAUUCAUCAUGUGCUCCCACAUUUUAUUGUCUCAAGGUUUCAGUGAUAUUUUGAGCUUUAACAGCAUUGCACGUUGUUCUGUGCUAUUCGUAUGUUACCGUGUUACUGCAAUGGGUCCAUCAAACUGCAUAAAUAUAACACAAUGUAUAAUUAAUUACAUUAAAAUAUAAUACUAUAACAAUAAUAAACAACACUACAAUACAUAACAUUAAUUGCAAUAAUGGCCACAUUAAAUUAUAUCUGACAGAGAUAUUACUUUCGUUUUUGGGGAUUCCUUUUCUUGGGUACCGGUAUGUAUUUUUCUGUUCAAAACAUAGUCAAACAUUGCCAGCUGGUGGUCUUUAUAGAAGGCUGCUACAGUUCAUUGUUUGUUGGUAGAAAUUAUCAUCCCCCAAAUCCAAACAAUUAGUCAUUUUGCUCUGCUAAUGUAAUGCUCUGGUAUUGUAAUGUACAUUUCUAACUCCACACUUGUUUGUUUGUUAUUGUUUAAUGCCAAUUUCAAUUGCUUAACUUUCUUCAGUGAGAGGGAGAGAAAGAGAGAGCAAAAGAGAGAGCUGGACAAAUCUAGAAUUUGUAUCAAUAUUUCAUUGUAUAUAUUUUAUUAUGGUGUAUACAUUUAAUUAUUAUCAAUAUUAUAAAAGUUAGCUGUGUUGGUGUGAUUUAAUUACGUAUUUAAAUAAUGUUGGGAAAUUGACAAGUAUAGGUGUAUUAAAGUUUUAAAUAAUUAACAGCAGUCAGAGUAUCUGCGCUGGGAAGGUGUUUUUUCUAUGAGGAGGACUCAUAUAUGGGGAAUUGUCUCAUAUUUUCUCAACCCCAGCUAAUUGUGCCCUUUGGUCAUUUUCCAAGAUGCCCUUUGGGUUUAAAUAUUCUGGUAGUCUUAUUUUUAUAGUUAGCAUUCACCCAGUGUAACUGUUCUGUAAUUUCUCAAAUGUGAGUAAUAUUGGUUUCAGCACAUUCUUUCAACUACAACAAAAAAAUAUGUAGAUUAUUUUUGAGUCUAAGCUUUUUAUCCAUGGCAACAGUUAGGCAGUUGGUCCCCUUGUAGAAAUUAAAACAAGAGGUACAAAGUAUCUCAAUACCAACUAGGGACACAAACCAACAUCUCCAUUCCAUGUUGCUCACUUUGAAGCACAGAGUGCAUACUAACUACCCCACAUUGUACAGAUUCAUAUGGUAUGGUUUGUAACAAGUGGCGGUAUAACAUUAGGUGUGAAAGCCCUAAUGUAAAGGUCAUGUAAUUCUAUAUUUGUUGGAUUCUACCGGAAAUCUCUGUUUCAUGAUCUCUGUGUGGCAUUCACCAACACCGCUGUAAAUACUAUUUCCUUUGUGAAUGUAUGUGUAAACACAUCCAAAAUGAUCAUGCCGUGAAAUAAUGUCACAUUUCUUUGUUUUAUUGUAAAGAGGAAAAAUGGAAAGACCAAAAAUAAGAAAAAAAUAUUAAUAACUUCUAAAGCAAUAAACAUUAUUCUGGAGAUUG